CCUGUCUGGACAACAACAACAACGCCUUGGGUGGUUCAAAUCUUUUUUUCUCUCUCCUCUUAAUAAUCUCGGUUUUCACAUCUUUGGGGCAUUUCAACAUACUCAAGUCAGCAUGCAUACACGCGCGGUUUAUUUGAUUUCCAUCACUAGUUGUUUUCUUUUUGGGAGAGGUUACUCUUGGUCAUUUUCACAACAACAAAACAUAUACACUACAAGCUGGACGGUGGAGCAGUCGGUUGUCGCCGUGCGCGCUCUCCCUCUCCUACCUGCCUGUUUCUACGUGUGGGAGGGGGUUUAUGGAGGCGAAACAAUGUUUUUUCUAUAUACGCCUCGGGUCGGUUGGUUUGUCUCUUUUAAUUUUUUUCCCAUCUGGAAUAUGGCAGUCAAACGCGACUGCCAGCAGCUGGAAGCCACAAAUACCCACACACAUACAACACUUGGACGACAACAGCAACAAGAUGGGCAGCCAGCCACGAUUAACCGAAAACCUCUUACUAGAGAGAUGCUCGGAACCUUGGUCUUUAGUUAGGUCUGUAGCCUAGUUGAAAUCUGAAAAAAUAUAUAUGAGAAGAAAGCACCACAGCUCGCAACAAUGCAUUGAUAGUGACAAAUGAUGGAGAAAAUAAACCACUAUUUAUACAGCAUCUCCUGCUACAUUCACUACACAUGCAGUCGCGGUAAUGGUG